AUGGCGCAGAGCGUGGCGCGCACGGCGGCGGCGCUGAGCGAGUGGCCGGGCGAGGCGAGGCGGGCGGUGAAGGAGCGUGGCGCGCACGGCGGCGGCGCUGAGCGAGUGGCCGGGCGAGGCGAGGCGGGCGGUGAAGGGUACGGGACUCACGUGUGGGGCGGCGCGAUGGCGCAGAGCGUGGCGCGCACGGCGGCGGCGCUGAGCGAGUGGCCGGGCGAGGCGAGGCGGGCGGUGAAGGAGCGUGGCGCGCACGGCGGCGGCGCUGAGCGAGUGGCCGGGCGAGGCGAGGCGGGCGGUGAAGGGUACGGGACUCACGUGUGGGGCGGCGCGAUGGCGCAGAGCGUGGCGCGCACGGCGGCGGCGCUGAGCGAGUGGCCGGGCGAGGCGAGGCGGGCGGUGAAGGAGCGUGGCGCGCACGGCGGCGGCGCUGAGCGAGUGGCCGGGCGAGGCGAGGCGGGCGGUGAAGGGUACGGGACUCACGUGUGGGGCGGCGCGAUGGCGCAGAGCGUGGCGCGCACGGCGGCGGCGCUGAGCGAGUGGCCGGGCGAGGCGAGGCGGGCGGUGAAGGGUACGGGACUCACGUGUGGGGCGGCGCGAUGGCGCAGAGCGUGGCGCGCACGGCGGCGGCGCUGA